CUAAUGAUUUCUUGCGCAAGUUGAGGAUUUCUCCAUUGACAAUCUGAACCAACUGGCGUCAUUAAUUGGCACAUCGAUAUGCACAUUUUCUAAGAAGAGCAAGUCAAAAAUCACCAAUUACGUAUACCCUUGUUUUUGCACCAAAGAAAGACAACAAAAUAGGUUUGGCCUUGCUUCUUUACAGUCCGAUCAAAAACAAAAGACCAUCAGCAACAGAAAGGCUGGUUAGCUGAAGAAAAAUUAAGAAACAAUGGCUGAAAUUGUAGUAAACUAUGUCCUCGACAACCUCACGAGCUUGGCGCAAGAAGAGGUGCAACUAUUGAAGGGGGUCAAGGAAGCAGCUGCGUCGAUCGAAGACGAACUUGAGCAAAUCAAGGCCUUCCUAAGAGCUGCUGAUGAAAUGGAAGAGAGGACUCCUCAACUCGAGGUGUGGGUGAAGCAGGUGAGAGAUGUAGCUUAUGAUAUUGAAGAUGCUCUUGAUGAGUACAGGCUUCGCCUCACACUUCAACCUGGCAAUGAUUUUUUACAUGCCUCUCUUACUAAGAUUAUAAAGACUUUGAAAGCUCGCCAUCAGUUUGCUUCAGAAAUACAACGCAUCAAAUCCAGAGUCGUAAGUAUUUCGGAGGGACGGCAGAGAUUCCGGGGCGAAACUACACUAGUUGACUCCAAGACAUGGCCUGAUCACCGUCGACAGGACGGCCUUCUGCUAGAAGAGGCUGAUCUAGUGGGCAUCGAAAAGCCCAAAAAGCAGCUCAUCAGCUGGCUUCUCCAGGGUGACACUGGACGCGAAGUGGUUUCGGUGGUCGGCAUGGGUGGGUUGGGCAAGACCACCUUGGUAAGGAAAGUGUAUGAUGAUGCACAAGUGAAGCUACACUUCAAAUACCGUGCUUGGCUAUUUGUUUCUCAAUCCUUUAAGAUGGAAGAGCUCCUAAAAGACACGCUUCAGCAACUCUACCGGGUAAAAAGGAAGCCAGUUCCUCAAGGAGUGGAAAGCAUGAGCGACGAUCAGCUAAGAACGAAAAUCAACAACUUCUUGCAACAAAAGAGGUACCUGAUUGUGUUAGAUGACGCGUGGCAUAUCGAUGAUUGGGAGGCGGUCAAAAAUGCAUUCCCAAACAACAGUGGGAGUCGAGUAAUGCUCACAACUCGUAAUUCUGAAAUCGCCUCUGCCUCCUGCAAGGAGUUCCAUGGUCACGUCCAUCCUUUAAACCCUUUGUCUCCUGAAGAGUCGUGGACUUUGUUUUGCAGAAAGACUUUUGGGGACAACUCUUGCCCUCCAGCUCUUAAGACUCUUACAGAUAGUAUCCUUGCAAGGUGUGAAGGAUUGCCACUUGCAAUCGUGGCCAUCAGUGGUGUUUUGGCGACCAAGGACAGGAUAGACCAAUGGGAUUUGAUCAUACAACGUUGUCUUGCUGCUGAACUUGAAGAAAAUGUAAGACUCAAUGGCAUGGGAAAAAUCUUGUCACUCAGUUAUAAUGAUUUACCUUACUAUCUCAAGUCUUGUUUUCUGUAUUUUAGCAUCUUUCCUGAAAGUCAUCUCAUUGACCAAAUGAGACUGAUUCGAUUAUGGGUAGCGGAAGGAUUUGUCAAGGAAAAAGAAGGAAUGACGUUGGAAGAAGUGGCAGAGAGCUACCUGUACGAGCUGUUGAACAGAAGCCUGAUCCAAGUGGCCGGGACUACCAGUGAGGGGAGGAUCAAAACAUGCCGCAUCCAUGACCUGCUUCGCGAGAUUAUCAUUUCCAAGUCAAAAGAUCAGAACUUCGUAACAGUAGCUCGAGGGCGAGACACGACGAUUUGGAAAGAAAAAGUUCGUCGCCUAUCAAUACAGAAAACCAUGCAGGAUGUACAACAAAGCCAGAGCCUCUCUCGGCUUCGUUCUUUGCUCAUGUUUCGGAGGCUAGAUUCACUGUCAGAGUCUUCCAAGUCCAUUUCAUUUCCUCUUGAUUUCAGGGUGCUUAAAGUGUUGGAUUUGCAAGGUGCACCUCUAGAGAUAUUUCCAAAUGAGAUCGUCAAGCUGCUCCUUCUGAAAUAUCUAAGCUUGAGGGCCACAAAGAUAAAAUCCAUUCCAGGCUCAAUUAGGAAUCUUCAGAACCUGGAGACACUGGAUCUUAAACACGCAUGCGUCACUGCAUUGCCUGUUGAGAUCUCGCAGCUUCAGAAACUACGCCACCUAUUGGUGUAUCGCUAUGAAAUACAGUCUUAUGCACACAUAAAUUCCAAAUAUGGUUUUAAGGCGACGGCACAAAUAGGAAGUCUCCGGUUCUUACAAAAGCUCUGCUUCAUAGAGGCAGAUCACGGCGGCAACGAGCUAAUGAAAGAGCUUGGAAGGCUGAAUCAAUUGAGGAGGCUAGGCAUUGUAAAGUUCAGAAGGGAAAAUGGGGUUGCUAUGUGCUCUUCCAUUGCAAAACUAACAAACCUUCGCGCUUUGUCUAUAACUUCAAUAGAAGAGGAAGAGAUCAUCGAUCUUGGAAGCCUAUCUUCCCCUCCUCCCUUUCUUCAGCGGUUAUACCUGACUGGACGUUUAGAGAAGUUACCACACUGGAUAUCUUCUCUCCACAGUUUGGCGAAGGUAUCUUUGAAGUGGAGCCAAUUAAGGGAAGACCCACUUGAGUCGCUUCAAAAUUUACCCUAUCUAGUACAUCUUGAAUUUCUACAGGUUUACGAGGGAGACACAUUGCAUUUUAAGGCUGGAGGAUUUCAGAAGCUUAAGGUUUUAGCCCUUGAUAAUAUGGAUGGACUGAAGACAGUAACAGUAGAAAUGGGAGCGAUGCCUCUCCUUGAAAAGCUCAUCCUCCAGCGCUGCAAAUUGUUGCACAGGCUGCCAUCAGGCAUUGAACACCUUAACAAGCUCAAACUGCUGGAAUUUUUUGACAUGCCUGUUGAGUUAAUCACAACUAUGCGUCCAGACAUAGAAAAUGGGGAUUAUUGGAAGGUUGCAAGUGUACCCGAAAUUAACUCUACCUAUUGGAGAGAUGGUGGUUGGGAUGUCUACUCAUUGGAGAGAUCAAUCGAGGGAGAGAGCUCAGCACCGACUAGGAGCCUUGAACUUCCUUCGUAUUGGAAAUAGUACUUCAUUUUACAAAAUACUAUUCAAGAGUAUUCCAUCUGUGUAAUAAUAAUUAAGCCUGUACCUGUGUCCCCGGUGCUGAUCGAUCUAAUUCUCAGAAUUUUUUAUUACUGAAUGUCGCUCAUUCAAAUAUUUUUAUUUUGGUUUUUUGGUUUGCAAUUACCAUCCAAGCUAGUUGUACUCAUUCAAAAAGAUACUGCAAGUAGAAGAUUUCGUUUCUCUAAA